AUGCGUAAAUGGUGGAUGGGACAUCAAAUUUUCACUGAUUCCUCAAAAUUCAGAAUGGAGAUAGUAACUGAAGAAACAAAUAUGGAUAACUGUCAAUUGAGAGAAACGUUUGAAAUUUUUAUUUCUCAAUAG